ACUUCACCAGCGUGAAGAAGAGACGCCAUUUUUAUCUAUCAAAGAAGUAAUAUUACGAACUUCUUAUUUUUGACCGAAAUUUCUUAAAAAUUCUCUCGUAUUGGAGCAUAAAUUCAAGCAGUCUGACAAUAUGACUGAAGAUUUUGACAUCGAAGCUAUGUUGGAGGCUCCCUACAAGAAGGAGACAACGCCACAGAACAACAAGAGCAAAGAGGAAAAGGGCCAUUCCAGUUCGAGUGAUGAUGACGAUUAUGAGAGAAAAAAAGGAAGGAGAAGAAGAAGGUCAAAGUCAAGAAGUCCAAGACGAUCUCGCAGUCGAAGAUCAAGAUCUAAAUCUCGAAGUCCUAAACGGAGAUCACGCAGUCCAAAAAGAAGAUCACGUAGUCCAAGGCAGAGGUCUCGUAUUUCUAAAAGAAAGAGCAAGAGUAGAUCACGAAGUCCCARAAGAAGAAGUAGAAGUAGAUCCUAUAGCCCUAGGAGAAGGGGUUCCAGGCGAAGACAUAGAAGUAUAAGUAGAAGCAGAAGUCGUUCUCCUCCCAGACGAAGAAGGAGAAGUGGGAGCAUAAGUCAUACCAGAAGUCCUGUAAGGAAAAGAAGAAGUGACAGUCCAAAACAACCCUCUCUACCACCUAGUCCAGAAAGACAUGCACCAGAACCAGAAACCCCAGAGGCAAUACUGGAGAGAGAUCAAAGAACAGUAUUUUGUAUGCAGCUUGCAAGAAAUAUCAGACCAAGGGACUUGGAAGAGUUCUUUUCAAAAGUAGGACAGGUGUCAGAUGUGCGCAUAAUCUCUGACAGAAAUUCAAGAAGGUCAAAAGGAAUUGCAUACAUUGAAUUCACUGAUAAAUCAGCUGUUCCCUUGGCUAUUAAUCUAUCAGGAAACAAACUUCUUGGAGCUCCAAUCAUGGUCAUGCCAACACAAGCAGAGAAAAACAGACUUGCAGCAGAAGCAGAAAAACUGAAGCAACCAAUUGGUCCAACAAGACUUUAUGUUGGUUCUUUACAUUUCAACAUCACAGAAACAAUGAUCAAAGCUGUGUUUGAGCCUUUUGGAAUAGUAGACAGUGUACAGCUGAUAUAUGAUUCUGAGACUAAUCGAUCUAAAGGCUAUGGGUUUGUACAGUUCAGAGAUGCAGAGGCUGCUAAACGUGCUAUGGAACAGAUGAAUGGCUUUGAGCUUGCAGGUAGACCCCUCAAGGUUGGCCCUGUCACUGAGAGAGGAGACUCAUCGGCUUAUUCAUUUCUUGAUGAUGAGGAAUAYGAAAAGGGUGGAGUAGAACUUAAUUCUACUGCCCGUGCAGCUCUCAUGGCUAAAUUAUCUCAGGGACAUUCCGCAGGUCUCAUUGUUCCUGGGGCCCCGGCAUCAGCUCCUGGUGUACAGCCAUCUUUACCUACUUCUGUAGCUGUCAACCUUCCUACUCCGUGCUUUAUGCUUACCAACAUGUUUGAUCCAACAAGGGAAAAAGAUGAAGGUUGGGAUCUAGACAUCCGUGAUGAUGUUCUGGAUGAAUGCUCAAAGUUUGGACCAAUAGUUCAUAUCCAUGUCGAUAAAACAUCACCRCAGGGUAUAGUUUAUGUCAAGUGCUUCACACCUGAUACUGCUAUAAAGGCAUCCAAGGCAUUACAUGGAAGAUGGUUUGCAGGAAAACAGAUCAUAGCAGCACCAAUCCCUCUAUCUAAUUACCAUACRAUGUUCCCUAAUGCCAUAUCAGCAUCAAGAGCACUACAGCCGUCCACAGUAUAGACGACUCUCUCCAACAUAUUAUAAAUUACAUAACUUGGUGAUUGGAUUACGUAUUCAUUGUAUUAUGGAGAUUUUCUGUUGCUUUAGCUGACAUAAUGUUUAGCUUAUCUUUGGUAGUUUAUCUCCUGAUUGAGUUAAACGUUCAUUGUAAAUAGAUUGUCUUCUCUUAUAAUUGUAUUUAGUUUAUUUCGGACGUUUUGAAUAAUUUCCACCCUACAGAGCUCUGUCCACCUUACAUGAGUUGUAGCAGGUACUCUAAGAUKUUGCAUUGCAUGCUAUUAAUUUAUUCUAUCGUUGUAAUUUUCUUUAGCUUAUAAUUCUCUWACGAAAAGUUGCUUUAAUUUUUGGGCAAGUGAAAUCAAUCUGUUUUACUGCGCAGUAAGUUCGUUCUUUAGUUAAUAAAAUCACUUGAAAACGA